AUGCGUGCCGCGGCACCUAACGACCGAUAUCUUACUGGACACGCUCCGUCGCCAAACCGGCCGCCUCCUUCCGCUUUCUCAGGCGUGUCUCCACAGCGUCGAGACGUGCCACUGCUUAGCGGUGCCUAUUUUCACGCAAGAUCACAGCGACACCAACAGAUUCCACCUGUAAGCAGAAUCGAGUAUGAAAGAAGAUUUGGCUGUCGGCUUCGCCGGAAGGCUCGCAGCGAACGUCAGCCAUCGUUGAACGCUGCGGUUUUGUCUAAUCUUGGUCUGGAGGAAACCAUGAAUGUGUGCCGCGGCUGCCAGAACGCGCCCUAA